AUGGAAGUUAAUCUCGCAUACCCGCUGGCGCUGGUCGCAAUUUUCGUUGGUAUUUACUUCUUUCUCACCAAAAACAAUGGCUAUUUCCACGGAAAACCAAUUCCAUCGAUGAGCGUUAAACCUUUGCUGGGCAGUACCGGUCCGCUGUAUCUACGGAAGUUAUCGUUCGGUGAUUUCGUGCAGUUCAUAUAUGACAAGUUUCGGGGCGUCAAAAUAUUCGGAAUGUACGACCUUACCACGCCGGUGUUUGUCGUACGCGAUCUGGAGCUGAUCAAGCGAAUGGCAGUGAAAGAUUUCGAACAUUUCGUCGAUCAUGUGCCCCUUUUUAGCCAGACCGACUGCGAUCAUCCGAACCUGCUUGUCGGCAAAUCGUUGUUCGCACUUACCGGCCAAAAGUGGAAGAAUAUGCGCGCCACCCUAAGUCCGGCCUUUACCGGGAGCAAGAUGCGACUUAUGUUCGACCUGAUUGCGGAGUGCAGUGAAAAUACGGCGCGGCAUUAUCGAGAGGAAGCCCACGCCAAGGGACCGCAGGAGUAUGAAAUGAAAGACGUCUUCUCCCGGUUCGCUACCGAUGUGGUAGCGACGUGUGCUUUCGGCAUUAAGGUCGAUACCCUAAAGAAUCCGGACAACGAGUUCUACGUCAACGGAAAGAAAAUGAUGAACUUCAACCGAAUCAGUGUGUUGCUAAGGGUAAUUUGUUCGCGAAUUUUUCCGGAUUUGAUGGCACGAAUGGGAAUUGAUCUGAUAGAUCGGGAACAGAACAGUUACUUUUCGUCGUUGAUCCUAACGGCCAUUCGGGAUCGGGAAGCUCAAGGUAUCGUUCGUCAGGAUAUGGUGAAUCUGCUGAUUCAAGCAAAGAAAGGAAUUCUGAAGCAUCAGCAAGAAAAUGAUGACCAACAGGAAGGAUUCGCCACCGUCGAGGAAUCCGAUAUUGGCAAAGCUCAAACCCUUAAAUCUCUGACUGACAAUGAAGUCGUCGCGCAAUGUUUGAUCUUUUUCCUGGCGGGAUUCGACACGGUUUCGACAUGUCUGAUGUUUACCGCUUACGAGCUGGCUAUUAAUCCGAACGUUCAAAAGAAACUCUAUGAGGAAGUAUUGGAAACGCAUGCCUCUCUGGGGGAGAAGUCACUGACCUAUGAUGCCAUGCAAAAAAUGAAGUACUUGGAUAUGGUGGUGUCGGAAGCUCUUCGCUUGUGGCCACCAGCACCGUCACUCGAUCGACUGUGCGUAAAAGAUUACCUCCUGGAUUGUGACGAUGACCUCAAGUUCACCAUCGAUAAAGGAACAGUUCUUUGGUUUCCAGUUCAGGCUCUUCAUCACGAUCCGGAAUACUUUCCCAAUCCGAAGCUUUUCGAUCCGGAGCGAUUCAGCGAGGAGCGGAGAUCCAGCAUAAAUCCAGCGGCGUACAUGCCGUUCGGAAUCGGCCCGCGAAACUGCAUCGGUUCGCGGUUUGCUUUGGCAGAAGUGAAAACCAUUCUGUAUUACAUGUUGCUGAGCUUCUCCUUCGACAGAACCGACAAGACUGAAGUGCCCCCGAAGAUCAUCAAAGGGUUUGGCGAUGUGAUUCCGGAAAAUGGAGUGCACUUGCAGUUUAGGCCAAGGGUAUAG